AUGUCUGAUUCGGCUGGGGACACGAGAGUAGAUACAGCGAAGGAGAAGGAGAACGCAGCUGAGAAUGUGGUGCCGCCUUUGCAAUCGGUUGAUGAGCCCGAGAAGUCAGAAACGAAAGAUAAUGCCGCUCCUGUUGAAGAGGCUGGGGAUGAAACAGAUGACGAAGCUGAACCUGUGUUGACCAUACAAGAUAUCUUGGAUAAUGAAGCCUCAUCGAGGGAAACGGCUCGCGUCUUACUAGGUGCUCAAGACUCUUCUGUAUGCACAUAUCCAGAGGGUUACAAACCCCGUCAAGCCGUUUUUGCUUGCCUUACUUGCGCUCCAGAACCCGAGAAGAAUGAAGCAGGUGUGUGCUACGGAUGUUCGGUACACUGUCAUGAUGGCCACAACAUCGUUGAACUUUUCACCAAGAGGCGGUUCAGGUGCGAUUGUGGCAACAGCAAGUUCAAAACUAAAUGCACAUUGUAUGAGGACAAAGAAUCUCUCAACUCGCAGAAUAUGUAUAACGAUAAUUUCGCUGGAUUAUUCUGUGUGUGCAAAAAACCAUACCCCUGCGAAUUUGACGAGACCAUGCACCAAUGCGUCGCUUGCGAGGACUGGUUCCAUAUAUCACAUCUUGACGAAAAACGUGCAGCAUUGGCGGAAGAGAGGGAAAAGGGAGGAGAGCAAGAUUUCUCCCUGAUUUGCAAGGAUUGCUCUACUCGCCUUCCUUUCCUUUCUCGGUUCCACGUCGAAGAACCCUCCGCAGCAAGUGAAGGCAUAAUUUGCUUUUCAUCAAUGGCUGACCAUAAGGAAGGCCCAUUUCUGCUGAUAGAUGGUUUUAGACAACGAAUGUGUAAAUGCAGCGAGUGCUUGGCUCUUUACGAAAGAAUGGGCUGCGAUUUUUUCGUCGAUAUUGACGACGACAUUGAGUUGUUUACCAAAGAGAACAUUGAGAAGACCGAGGGCGAGAAGGAGCCGGACGACGAGACGAUUGUGAAUGAGCUGGUUCAAACUGCUGGAAGAGAUGCAGCUAUCCAUGUGCUGAAAGGUUUCAAUGACCUAAAGCGCAAUCUACACCAAUUCAUGAAGGAAAAACAGGAGGAAGGUGUGGGAGUGAUUACAGCUGAGCACGUCACCUCAUUUUUCGACAAGAUUAAGCGGAGUCGUGUUGAAGGUCCAUCGGGUGAUGAUUUCUGAGGCUCUUGCUACGCUCUCGAUCUACUUCGGUUCUGGUUUCCUUCGAGGUCGUCGGAGCGUCAUUCGGCGUAGUUACUUCUCUUUGUAAGAAUCCUGUAUUAAGUUUUAUGUAUGCAUAUCAUUCACAUCUACUUUUUUGGAAUUUGGC